AUGGGAAUCAUUUAUGUUAUCCGUGAAGCGCGAUGGGACGGGAGCAGUGGCAAAGGAGGGGGCCCAUCAGGGAGCGAGACGGUGGCAGAUGAGGGGAUGGAGGAGGUGGAGAGCCCUGGAGUGGAGGAGGUGGCAGUGUAUAAGGUAAAAAAGCAUGAUGUUGACAUGCCGGAGAUGGUGGUCGGCAAGACGUCUAGAGUGCCAUCACAGUACGUCGUCUUUCCCUUCAUAGCUGAUGCAAAGAGGAGGAGAGCCACGUACAUGAUAGCCGGAAGGACGAUAUUGGACGUAUACAAGUGGUUCCAUGAUAUCACCACGCAGGGGGCUUGGCUCGUCGACGAUUUUUUACAGGUAUUAUGCAAAUCAUAUCCAUCUGAGUUCAUAUCAUAUUUUCAUUAUUGCCGAUCAUUAAGAUUUGAGGACAAGCCAGAUUAUUCUUAUUUGAAGAGGCUUUUUAGGGACUUGUUUAUUCGCGAAGGUUACCAAUUUGAUUAUGUUUUUGAUUGGACAAUACUGAAGUAUCCUCAGAUUGGCACCAAUUCUAAAGCAAGAAAUCCCAGUGGCAAUGCAGGGGCUGGAACUUCUUGUGAAAGACCAUUAAAAACAUCUGUGGGGCAAGAUAUUCGAGAUAGAUUCUCGGGUGCUGUUGAAGCUUUUUCGAGGAGGAACCCUGCAGGUUCAGGGCGUCAUGGUGAACAUUCAAGACACAGGGCAUCAGAAGAUGCACCUUCAUCCAAGGAUGUGCAACCCGAUUUAGAAAGAGUCCAAACUUCUCGAAAUGGCAGCGCUUCAAAGAGAGCAGCAAUUUCGAGCAGCAGACCAAGCUCCUCUGGUGGACCCACCGAAGGCCACUCAAGUAGAUUGAUGUCGAGCAGUGGCCGCGUCUCUACAACACAAAGAAUUCAACCCGUCAUUGAACCUAAAUCAUCUGCCUUCUCUCGUACUGCAGUUACCAAAGGCACUCACAGUGAUCCUCUUCGAAGCUUCGACUUCCUCUCGAUCCGGAAGUAAGCCUAUGGUUUUCAUUGAACGUUGAAUUCCAAGUGAAGGAAAUCUUUUAUUUGCAUAAAUAGUACUCUUUGUAAAUGUGGAAUUGUGUCGUAUCCCCAUUUUGUUUCCUGUUUGUAAGUUGUAAUGCAUAAUUCUCAUCCAAGGAAGUAUUGAGUUUCAUGUGUAGUAAUUUUCAUCACAUGGAAUAUUUGUUUAUAAUAUGAAACCCUCCAUGUUGUCUUUAAA